GGCCACUUUGUCCCACCCAAAAUCUGCUCAAAGCAUCCGUUGUUCUGAUAGACUUUACCGGCGGUCGGACUCCUGAAUCACUGAUACUGUAACUAAGUUGGUUCAAACACUUUGUGCCGUGUGGCAGAAGUCAGAAGCGCCCAACAGUCGAGGAAAAAUGUAAAUUUGGACGCUUUCAAACUGUGGAGAAGAGCCGCGGAAUAAAACUGGUUUAUUUUUCAAAAAGCACAAAAUAAGAUCAACAGAUUAUAUAAAGGACACCCACAUGCUUCGGCAUCAUUUCCAGCUUCCCCUGAAGAGGAAUUUGGCGUAUCUUUGUGAUAAAAGGGAUGAAUGAGGGCCGCUCUGCUCUCCUCAAAAGGGGCCACAUUGCCUUGUCCAAGGCCAACACCCUCGGCUCCGUUGCUGCCAGAGCUGCUGUCUCUGUGGAUUCAGGCGAUGGAAGUGCCGCUCAGCCUGAGAGCGAUGCGGCGUUCCCCCUGUCUGAGCUCUCAGACCUGUUUGAGAGCGAGGACGCCUCUGCGUCUACUCAGGACACGAGUCAGGGUUCAGCCCUGGAGCUGGUUCAACCCGGUCAGCCCGCGGACGGCAGACAGAACCUCCGGAUGAAGUUUCAGGGUGCUUUCAAGAAGGGCAUUUCCAACCCUAUGGAUCUGCUGGAAUCUACCAUUUAUGAAUCAAAUGUGGUCCCAGGCCCCAAGAAAGCACCCAUGGACUCGCUCUUUGACUAUGGCACCUACAGGAACACUAGCAACCAGAAGCGACGCAGGAAGAAGCUCCCGAGAGGUAAAGCCGAGACGUCCUGCGAUGAUGAUCAAAGCUCAGAUCCACCCAAAGUAAUGAAAAUAUUCAACCGCACUCUCCUGUUUGACUGCGUAUCACGUGCAGACGCCGGGGCCCUCGAGGGCCUCUUGGAGUACCUGCAAAGCCAUGAAAAGAGAUUAACUGAUGAGGAGUUUAGAGAGCCGACCACGGGUAAAACAUGUCUGCCUAAAGCCCUGCUGAACCUUUACAGUGGACAGAAUGUCACCAUCCCACUGCUGGUGGACAUAGCAGAGAAGACCGGAAACCUCAGAGAGUUCAUAAACACGCCCUUCAGGGACGUCUACUACAGAGGCCAGACGGCGCUCCACAUCGCUAUAGAACGACGCAGUAAGCAGUAUGUGAAGCUGCUGGUGGAGAAAGGGGCUGAUGUUCACGCCCAGGCGAGGGGACGUUUCUUCCAGCCCAGAGACGAGGGGGGCUACUUCUACUUCGGUGAGCUCCCUCUCUCACUGGCCGCAUGCACUAAUCAGCCUGACAUUGUGCACUACCUGACUGAGAAUCCACACAAGAAGGCCGACCUGCGGCGCCAGGAUUCACGUGGAAACACGGUGCUGCAUGCCCUAGUGCACAUUGCGGACAACACCAAGGACAACACACGUUUCCUCACAAAGAUGUAUGACCUGCUGCUAAUCAAGAGUGCCAAACUUUAUCCAGACUGCAACCUGGAGACGGUGCUCAACAAUGACAGCAUGUCACCUCUCAUGAUGGCUGCCAAGCUGGGCAAAAUAGGGGUGUUUCAGCACAUUAUCCGACGUGAGGUCAAAGAUGACGAAGUUCGUCAUCUGUCACGUAAGUUUAAGGACUGGGCUUAUGGGCCAGUGUACUCCUCCCUCUACGAUCUGUCUUCACUGGAUACAUGUGGAGAAGAACCGUCUGUGCUGGAAAUCCUCGUCUACAACAGUCGCACUGAGAACCGUCACGAGAUGCUGGCAGUGGAGCCCAUCAAUGAGCUGCUGAGGGCCAAAUGGCAGAAGUUUGCUGCUGUAACCUUUUACAUCAGUGUGGUUUCCUACCUCAUCACCAUGAUCAUCUUCACCCUUGUGGCUUAUUACCACCCAACACAGGGAACGCCACCAUAUCCCUACACAACUUCCUCCGACUACCUGCGCAUGGCGGGAGAGAUUGUCACCUUGGCAUCAGGAAUUUUCUUCUUCCUCACCAAUAUUAAGGACCUCUUCUUGAAGAAGUGCCCUGGGGUGAAGUCUUUAUUUAUUGAUGGAUCCUUUCAACUGCUGUACUUCAUCUACUCUGUACUGAUUGUAGUCACCGCUGCUCUCUACCUGUCUGGCAUUAAGGCUUAUGUGUCUGUGAUGGUGUUUGCACUUGUUCUGGGCUGGAUGAACACUCUUUACUUCACCAGAGGCCUGAAGCUCACUGGCACUUACAGCAUUAUGAUACAGAAGAUUCUUUUCAAAGACCUUUUCAGGUUUCUGCUGGUGUAUGUGCUCUUCAUGAUUGGAUAUGCGUCAGCCCUGGUGUCCCUGCUGACAGUGUGUCCUCCACCGGGCACAGUGUGUGAUGGGGACUGCCCCACCUACCCCAAUUGCAGGGACCCAGAAACUUUCAGUACUUUCCUACUGGACCUCUUUAAGCUGACCAUUGGGAUGGGAGAAUUGGACAUGAUCCACAGUGCACAGUACCCUGCAGUCUUCCUCAUUUUGUUGGUUACCUACAUCAUCCUCACCUUUGUGCUGCUGCUUAACAUGUUGAUCGCUUUGAUGGGGGAGACGGUGGGGGAGGUAUCCAAGGAGAGCAAGAAGAUCUGGAAGCUUCAGUGGGCAACGACUAUCUUGGACAUCGAACGCUCUUUCCCAGUUUGCCUUCGCAAGUCUUUUCGAGCUGGGGAAAUGGUGACUGUGGGGAAGAACUGGGACGGCACACCUGACCGACGCUGGUGCUUCAGGGUGGAUGAGGUGAACUGGUGCCACUGGAACCAGAAUCUUGCGAUAAUCAAUGAGGAUCCAGGCAAGAAUGAGACCUUCCAAGCCAAUGGGUUGCAGCAGAGCGUCAGAGCCUUGCGGAGAGACCGCUGGUCCACAGUAGUCCCGCGGGUGGUGGAGUUAAGUAAGAGUCCGCGGCCUCGUGAUCUGGUGUUAGAGAUGGAGCCACUGACGUCCAGACAUUGACGUCUGCGGCUUACUAGUGCGGACGCUCUUAUAAGAAGACAGCAGAGAGCCAUCAGCAUCAGUGAGAUCGCUCUGCAGGGGACAAUUUGACCAAUAAGUGUACUAAUUUCCACAGAUCUCAUGUGCCUCCUGUUUGGAGGAAGCUUAGUAAAUAUUACAUUAAGACAGUCAGUGUAAUAGGACAAAGAGGACUAAGCGUGCACUAGAUGCAAUGUCUUAAAGAAUCACUGAUCUCAAAACACUAAUAGAGUUAAAAACACCAAACACUAGCCCUGAGAUAAAACAUUAAUGACACGGUGAGCUGUAGUUUUUUAAAUUUGUUUGUUACUUGUCACAUAAGAACAGGGGGCUUAUUAUGAAAAUGUGCUGUGCCUCUGCUUUUCAGACAUCUGCUUUUCAGACAUGGCUGAUCACUCAGGGAUUUAAGAGAGUCAAGAUAUUUUAGCAUUUUCAGUCUCAUUAUCAUGUUACGUAAACACAGAAUCUAAUUGUUAGCAGAAGCAUAAUUACUGUAUUAUUGCAUUAGCCGUGUAAACAAAACCUCUGGUAGAAAUGCCAUCUACAGAUAUAAUCACAAUGGGAGAUAUUUGUUGAAGAGAAUGUUACAAUAAAUAUUCAUAGACUUAUAGAAUAGAAUCAGCUUUUAUUUGCUUGCUUUAUAUUUAAGAGGUUCAUAUAUGAUGUAUUAUAAAGAUUAUAUUGUAUAUGCUAAUUUGAUUUUUUAUUGUUCAGGCUAUAAUUUGAGUAUAGAAACAUUUCUUUUAGAAAGUAUAUUGUCUCACCAUUUUCUAUGCUGUAUGAAUCAAAUACUUUCAACACUAUGAAAGUCUCAGGCUUGGACUGCAAGCUCAGGCAGGACAGCUUUCAUUUGAACUGAAACAAUGUGCUAUGACAAUUUCUGAUUUGUGCAUUAUUAUAUGAACACAAAGACAUUGUUCUGAACAAGAUGGGCAUGAUGAGCAGGUUAUAGUUGUCAAGCAAAUAUGCAAAUGCGAGACAAUAGCCUUCCAUGUUAUGGUUUGUCUUUGAAUUUCCAGAGUUAUUGUUCCUUUGCAGCUGGGGUAUUUGCAUAAUCAACUCUCAGGCCUUGCCAUUAUGUUCUUCCCCCUAUUUGCUGCAGUUUUUCAUUGCAAUUGGCUCCUUGCCCUAUAUAGCAUCUUGUUUAUGCACAACUACUGUAUGCAUGCAUGUAUUUGUGUUAUUGUACUUUAUGACAGGGUUUGAUUAAGAGCAGAUAGACCCUGCAAUUCAUUCUCCUUAAUUCAUUGCAGUUGAAGGUCACAGGUCAUUGUUCAUUAUGUUUACAUUGCUUUUAUAAAGAGACACUUCUAUGCAUUUUUAUAUUGAUUGUACCAUGCUGCACAGAACAAUAAACACUGAAUUUAUUUUAUAAACCCAA